CGUGUUCUCUGCCUUUGUCCCCUCGCCGCCCCCACCCACGCAGCCCGGAAUCCGGCGACGAAGAGAAAGCGGCGGAGAUGGCGGUGAUGGACAUGGCGUUCAAGGCGCUCACGGCGGGGCUGGGCGUCACCACGCUCUACCUGGCCGCCACCUUCUCCGUCAACGUCUACCGCGGCCUCGCCUGGCACUCCGAGCAGUCCAAGUUAGAAAAGGAGAAAUUAGAAGACUAAGACGGAUCAGCAAGUUGGGGUGUCGGACAUUACAAACCGAAAGGACCUACAAGAAAGAUCACAUUUUGAUGAUGGCUGAUCAUGUGUGGUUAUGUUUUCUGGGACAGUUUUUGUAAACUAAUAAGAUUUCCAGACAGUUUGAUGUGAUAUAGAUUGAGGGAUUUGGACCUACAAGAAAUCUCACAUUUACCACAUGGUGUAUGUGGUGAGCAACCUAAACAAACAAAUAUCAAGAAAUCUUACAUUUUGGUGAUGUCCUUUUUUUGAUGGGCUUUUGGUGAUGUCCUGAUCAUGCGUGUUUAUGUUCUGUGGGAUAGUUUUCGUGAACUUUUAGGAUUCCCAGACACGUUGAUGUGAUAUAGAUUUAUGGUUUGGAUGAUCAAUCAUCUUUUGUAAGCACUAUUUCAACAUGUUUCUACCUUGUACCAACAUAAGGGUGUCCUGGGCGUCUCGUCCCUUUCACCAGUUUAUUUACUAUUUGUUCUGGUUGUACUGAGUGUUGGUUAAUUAUUAUGUGAAGUGUUCUUA